AUGGCAUGGACGGGCCAUGACGUAAAUUUAAGAACACACCCAGCAGAUGUACAAGUUCUCAAAUAUCUAAAAAAUGGUGUGUACCCUCCUUCCAUUGCUCCUGAUCUUGAUAGAGCUCCUGGGAUUUCUCCAUUGACCCAUGCGACAACAUCUUCACUGACCACUUCACUUGCGGCCUCAGGUCUCUCCGGGAACUCAGUCACUGUUGAAAUACCCGCUGUUCUUGGCUCACUCCCUCACCUUAAAGAACUCUACCUUGACAACAACCAUAUUCAUGGACCAAUUCCUUCAAUCUUUAACAACCUAACACGCUUCAAACGACUUGAAAUCCAACGAAACUACAUUUUCGAUGAGUUUCCUGAUCUGGGUUCACUCAGAAAGAUUUACUUUCUUGACGCUAGCGAUAACAGCGUAUUCGGCCAAGUCCCAUCAAUGUUUCCAGUAUCUCUCAUCGACUCUCAAUAA